AUGAAAAAACACUGCUCACCUGUGUUUUGUUGCUUUCUCUUGUUGAUCGUCUGCUUGUUUAAUAUUUCGCUUUCUUUCGUCCACUCUUCACUUACCAGAGCUAACAGAGUGAGUAAUUGCUCAAUGAUCUACAUUCCAUCCUCCUCCUCAUCAUCACAACAACAAUACUCUCUUCUCACAUGUACUUCUAUCGUUAUUCCAAACGAAACAACUGUAAAUUAUAGAUAUGAGGAUACGGUUCAAUUCUCUCUAUUUUAUCCCUUCUUUGAUUCGAAAUAUUCAGAACUGUGUAGUGCUGUUGUGACUAAUCAACUCUUUACAAAAUAUAACAUUGAUUCGUGUUCCUCACUUUUUUGUAAUAGUAUACCCCAACUUAUUGGAAAGAGUUUUGAACAGAGCAAUAACAUUAGUUCCACUGUAAAGAAUAAUCUUCUCCAACAUUACAAUGUUUCGUCCAGUCAAAAAACAAGACAAGUCAUUGCAGAACUGGCCUACUUGGUCAACUAUUGUCAAUACUGCAAUAGAGAUGACUUUAUAUCUUUUCACACGACACUCAAUUCUACACAAUGCUUUACAUUUGUGAGUGCAAAUUUUUGUAAUUACAAUCAACCACCCAAUAAUUUUCAAACUCUAACGAUAGAUUCACUCACAGCCUCUACAGUUCAUCAAUUAGAUUACAAUCAAGAAUCAGAACUUGAAAUUCCACUUCUUCAUGGCAUUUCCCUACUGAAUCAGGACGUAUUUCUUCCAUGGCAAUGUUCAUGUGGUCAAUUGCAAUAUGCUUUCAAGUGUGACUACUUUUCCACAUUGUUUAUUCCAUUCACUUUCAGAGCUUAUCCAAUUAUUUGCUUUGUGUUGACUUUGUUAUUGAUGGUCGUUUGUGUUUUCACAUUGGUGAUUCCAACCAUUUACAGAAAUGUUAAGAAUGCAAAAGUGAAUAUGAAGAAUAAUUUAAUGCCAAUUCAAAAAGCGGUGUUGGAAGAGGUGAUUUCAAUUUCAUGGUUAAUUAUUGUGUUUCUAAUGUUGCAUUUGAUUUUCUCUGCUUUGGAAAAUUUACUAAGUUUAGCAACUGUUGGAAUGUUUCAGGCAAAAUCGUCAAUCGGUAAGUUUAUUCAAUUUCUAUUGGAAAGUUUAAAAUUGAAUACCAUCAUUGCUAAUGAAUAG